CACUCGCUUGCCGCUGCAGCACCAACGCGAAUUGCUAGCGCGAAUCCGAGAGCAGCAGCAUUAACGGCACACGCAGGCGGACUGCAGGGCGCCUUUUGCGGGGCGAUAUAUGUUGUGUGCGCCGGGCCGUCUCCCUGCUGCGAGGCUUUCCGAGGCAGCAUCCCUCUCUGAAUGGAACCGGGCACGCCUGCUGGCGACGCGCACUCGACCCCCCACCACGAGCCCAGCAGCGCCGACUCCGAGCACGCCGCGCCCCAUGGCGCCAGCACCCACACCGACGUCAAGGUGCCGAUUAAAGAGGAAGCCGCCGCCGCCGCCCUCGAUGGCAUCGAUGACGCGCGUGUCACGCCGCGCCCGGCCAAACGGCGGCGGGUUGAGUCGUCCACGUCGCGCUCCACUUCACGCGCCGCAUCGCCGCCCUGGAAGUCCUUCAGCGCCCACGGGCCCACGACCGUCUUCGAGAACGGCGUCCGCAAGUCGUCGCGCGUGAACAGAGACGCGCUCCCGCCGACGCCCGAGCCGGCCAAGCGCGCUGCGAGGCACGCGCCGAAGACGCCGCAGGCCAACGGCGCGCCCAAGAGCGGCACGCCCAAGAGCGCCGCCGCCGCAAAGAAGCUGGGCCCGCCCAACGGCGUCAAGAAGCCCAUACCCGCGCCUGCCAACAAGGCCUUUGCCCCUGCCUUGAGCACCCCAGCCUCGCGCAAGUCGGAGCGCCAGCGCAGACCUCCAGCCCCGGCCCCGGCCCGCGCAUCGCCACCAACAUCGCCGGUCCUGCGCCAUGCUUCGCCGGAAGGCGCGCGGAAGCGCACCGCCCGCACUCGCCGCGCCACUCACACGUCCACCCAAGACACGGCCGACCAUCUGUCCAUGACCGACCCCCACGACCCGGACGGCGGCCUCUACGCUGAAUCCCUCGAUCUCUCGGCGUCGGCGCCACGACUCCGCCUCAAGCUACGCAAGCUCGAUCCUCCCAGACGCCACCCUCUCCAUGCGCCGCCAGCCGCGAAAAUCGGUUCGCUCGAGGCCUUUCUUGCCCAGGACGACCCGCUCGAGGGUGAAGAAGCACAGCGCAUAACGGACAAGAAGGCGGUGGAGGAGGCCCAGCGUCGCAUGCGCAUCGAGGAUGCUGCCGAACGUGGCGUUUUGAGCCAGGCAGUCUGCAGUGUCUUUGCGCCGGAGCCUGCCCCAGAGCCACCUCAACAGUACGGGCACUGGGACCACGUCACUGCGCAUGCCCUGCAUUUUGGAAGAUUGCUGUGCGACGAGAAGAGAAACCACAGGCGUAUGGCCAAAGUCCUCGCGCGCGAGGCACAAGAUCGCUGGGCAAUCAAGUACAAGCGUAAGAGCAAGGAUGAGCUCGAACAGGAAGACACAGACCGGCAGAUAACGCGCUACAAGCAGCUUGUCAGGGACGUGAAGGAUGCAUGGGCACUAGUCAGAGUCGAGAUUGACAAGGAGCGUGUGGCCAAGUACGAGGAGGAGCAGCUCCAGCUCGGACACAAGGCUAUGGAUGACAUGUUCAACCAAGCACAGGAGAUUCUUGGUCGCGGCGUUGCUGAUUCAGCGUCUUAUUACAGCGAAGACCGCGAGUUCGAGGACGAGAUGGCUGAGUUAGGGAGCGAAGCGUCUGAUACGUCUAGGGUUCGGAACGACGACGACAUAAUGUCCUCGAGCGACGAUAGUGAGGACAACGAUCGCGACGACGAUGACGAUGCGAAUCUCACCGCCGAACAGCUUCGCGCCAAGUACGAACAGUUACCCGAGCUCCCGGACAGUAGCUCUGGUGAUGAGGACUCUGACGAAGGGGGCAAUGCUGAAAGGGAACCAGACGAAGGUGCGCCCACGCUCACAUCCACGUCAGAUCCUGAUCUCGAGAUGGAUGAUUUCUCUGCCGCACCACGUGGACAGGGAACCCACCGUAAUGGCUGGAGUACCAAUGAAGAUGAAGACGAGGAUAAGGCUCCCUACAUCAAUCCCGCAAACGUAGAGCUCGAACAAGUCGAUGAUGCAUUACUGGACUCUGAUGACCAAGAUGAUGGCUCUGGGUCUGGCAGCGAAUCUUGGCCAAGCGAGGACUCAGAAGACGAUGAAGACGAUGACGCAGAACCAAGGACUGGGUCAUCUGAUCACCACACUGACAGUGAGGAUGAGGAAGAGGAUGGCGGAGACGAUGUCGGCCUAAUAGGCUUCCUCGGAGCCGGUGACAUUGCGAAAUUGAAGCAUGCCGCGAAAAUGUCGAUCGAGACAAAGUCCGAGGAUGCCGCGCAAAUCAAUGGAACGAAUGGCCAUGCUUCUACUUCCGAGGACAGCACCAUUCGACAUAUCGGUUCAAAGAACGAUUUGCAGACUCGUACAGACAGACACGCGCACGAAAUUCACUCUGUCACCGACGAAGAUUCCAGAAAGAUUCCCUCGGCCUUGGCCAAUGAAUUGGCUUCCGAGCAGACGCCCACAGAAGACAUCGUGAUGGAGGUCGAGGAAGAUGAAGUCGAAGAAAUCGGAAAUGGGCCCCAUCGAUCUCGCCAAAACUCGUCACCUCCACGCGCCGAGAUCCCACCUCUCCUACGAGGCACUCUUCGUGAAUAUCAACACGGUGGUCUGGAUUGGCUUGCGAAUCUGUAUGAUACAGAGACGAACGGUAUAUUAGCUGACGAGAUGGGUCUUGGCAAGACUAUUCAGACCAUCUCACUUCUUGCCUACAUUGCUUGCUUUCGAAACGUCUGGGGCCCGCAUUUGGUCGUUGUCCCCACCAGCGUCAUGCUUAAUUGGGAAAUGGAAUUCAAAAAAUUCCUACCUGGCUUCAAAAUCCUCACAUACUACGGCGAUAUCAACGAGCGCAAGCGGAAACGUAUGGGAUGGCGCAGUACUGGCAAAGAUAUGUACAACGUUGUGAUCACUUCGUAUCAGCUCAUUCUGCAGGACGCCGCAGCUUUCAAGAUGAGAGCUUGGCACUAUCUUAUCCUCGACGAGGCUCACAACAUCAAGAAUUUCAAAUCGCAGCGAUGGCAAACUAUGCUUACACUGCGAACUGAGCGACGACUACUGUUGACUGGCACGCCUUUGCAAAACAACAUUGAUGAGCUAUGGUCAUUGUUGUACUUUUUGAUGCCCGCAGGUUUUGCCGGCGAAGGCCGCAUUGCCAACCUUGAUGAGUUUACUUUGGCACUAAAGAACCCAACGUCGCAAAUCUUGGACCAAGGCCGACAACAACUAGAUGCUGAGGCGCAGAAAAUCGUUACGAGACUUCAUGAGGUCUUGCGGCCAUACUUGCUACGCAGAUUGAAGUCAGAAGUCGAAAAACAGAUGCCUGGAAAGUACGAGCACGUGGUUUAUUGUAAACUUUCAAAGCGACAGCGACAGCUGUACGAUGGUUUCAUGGGUCGUGCGGACACGAAGCAGAUCCUUUCAUCCGGCAAUUACAUGUCGAUCAUCAACUGCCUUAUGUCACUACGAAAGGUAUGCAACCAUCCAGACCUAUUCGAGACGCGCGCCAUUGUUACCUCGAUGGCGAUGCCAAAGUCUGUAGCAGCUGAGUUCGAGAUUAAAGACCUAUUGAUCCGCAAACGGCUACAUGAGGGCCAGGAAGAUAAAAGAGCGGAUCUUUGUGCUCUGAACUUAGUAUUCGCCCAACGGGAGCAUACUCAGAUGCGGCAUGCCAGACGUUCGCAACAGAUUCGUGCAACACGGCCUCUGGAAGAUCUAAUUGAACGGCAAACCCGUCGUAUUAAUAAACCCUCCCCAACAGCUGCGUCCUGCCUGCAGUCUUCUAUAUCUGCACUGGCCCGACGUGAGCAAAUUGCCGUCCGCGAGCAUCUCCAGAGGUGCCUGAACCUCACUCGUUCCAGAACGCAGUUCCUCCCGGUUUACGGAAAAGAGAUUAUUGAUGCUGUCACUGUUGAUUGGCACUCGUACACAUUCGGUCCUCGUCGGGCUGGCAUCAAAAUACUCAGACCUAUGCCACCACCAAUGAAUCCUUACUAUCCCAUGCAGUAUCCGCUGCAGACGCAGCCCAUGCCAGUAUAUCCGUCGCUUCCACCCAGUGGCAACAACCACCAAUUCGGGCAAUCGACCACCAUCAUUUCUCCCAAGGAAGACGAACAUCAGUACGACAUCGUUCGCAGACACCACGGCGAUCUUGGUUUCCGAACUCCCAAAUCGCUCCGUGCUACAAAUGAGUGGUGCACCGAGCAAGUAACUCACUUUUUCGACAUGAUACCCACACUCGAACAGCGUGCAGAAGCCCUACAGCCUCUGAUCUCUCAAUUUACAUGUACAACCCCGGCGGUCGCCGCCGAGGAGCUCGCUCCGUUAACAUUGUCGAGACGUGGCGUAGCUAUGGUCAGAUCAUCAGAGAUGGCCUCUGAGCGCGACCCUUUUCACGAGGUUCGCAUGCGUCAGUCUAUUGCUUUCCCUGAUAAACGUCUACUGCAGUAUGACUGCGGUAAACUCCAAAGACUUGCGACUCUUCUUCGCGAUCUCCAGUCCGGAGGCCACCGUGCCUUGAUAUUCACCCAGAUGACCAAAGUGCUUGAUAUUCUGGAACAAUUCCUUAACAUUCAUGGUCAUCGGUAUUUGCGUCUCGACGGAUCUACAAAAGUAGAACAGCGUCAGAUCCUCACCGAUCGAUUCAACUCCGAUACCAGUAUAUUGGCAUUCAUUCUUUCCUCUCGAUCUGGUGGUCUCGGCAUUAAUCUCACAGGUGCCGACACCGUCAUCUUUUACGAUCUGGACUGGAACCCUGCAAUGGAUAAGCAAUGUCAAGAUCGAGCCCACCGCAUAGGCCAGACCCGCGAUGUCCAUAUCUACAAGUUCGUCAGCGAAUACACCAUCGAAGCCAAUAUUUUGCGCAAAUCAAAUCAAAAGCGACUGCUCGACGACGUCAUCAUUCAGAAAGGUGAUUUCACAACUGACGCUUUCAACAAGGUCACAUGGCGUGACGCCAUAGGCGACGACCGCGGCAUUGAUACCUCGGACGAAGCUGGCGCAGCUAUGGACAGAGUACUCGACGAGCGUGCUGGUAUCCUCGGUGAUGCUCGUGUAAUGAACACCGUUGAAGAUACUGAAGAUCGUAACGCGGCUUCAAUUGCUCAGAAAGAGAUAGUCGACGAGAUUCAUGAUGACCAGGUCGACUUCAACGAAUCUAGCAACGCCACGAGGGCUGCAUCCGAUGCUGUCGCUGCCGCAGAAGCCGAACUGGAAGGCUUAGUAGACAAGCGGCAUGUAGACGAGUACAUGCUGAGCUUGUACAGAGAAGAGUAUGGCAAAGAGCCGUAUAAACCGCCGACAGAUAGGCAGAAAAGAAAUAGAAAGGGACAGGAUCCACAUGUGAGGCAAAGAAAGAAGAAGUAUUAAUCUCACUGCCUGGGGUUGGGUGACGUUCAGUAGAACGAAUGAGCGGACCUUGUAAUGAGAACACGACUGUAUUAGUAGACUGUACACAAAUUGGGAUAAGCAAAUGCGUCCUAUACCUUUACACACACUCGUCUGGGAUUCCAAAACUCUCACCAGAAUGUUUCGGGCGUAGCAAUCACUGCG